CGCUAUGACUAGUUUAGCGGCGACAACUCCUGCUUCCAGAUCCUUGUUGGGUCCAGUGGGGGAGAUCACAGAAUGCAGGGCAUCGCCGGAAGGAGUCACUGACCUGUGGGCCUCUAGUGGACUGUACUUGAAGCCAGUGGCCAAAGUCAGUAUCACAGUCUCCAUUCCCUUCGUCAAAGGGAAGGAGGGGUCGAGGGUGGUCUCAAACAGCGAAGUGAUGAUGAACAUCAAGAAACUGGUCACGCCUCGAGAGUUCAAGAACUUGAAGAUCCUGAAAGAGACAAACACGUUUUUGAGAUACCUGGGAGAGAUUGAGGAGAAGAAAGACUUGGCCAUUUUCGUUUCCAAACUUAACGGUAGUUUCAUUCAGUUGAAAAGUUUCGGAAGCGACGCAGUCUUCAAGCUUAACGCUGCAGAAUAUGACAUAGUAGUUCCGAAGCAAAACGACUGGGUUUCCCACUUCUCAAAAAUGAUUGGCAGCAACGAAGAUAAACCGGGGCUACGACCGGACACUAUCUUUCUUACCGGGAUACCCUGUGCCUGGUUCUCCAACUAUCAUCGCGAUAAGCUCCGAGCAAUCAAAGAGUUCGAACGCAAGCGUGAGAAAGUGAGAAAGAAACGGAUGAUGAGGAACCGACGUCGUCAGAGGGGAUCCCAUGUGAGCUCAUCGGACCAAUCAGAGGGAAACUUUGCCUCGUCAUCUACUGAUUCCGACGAGGAGGAAGCAAUGAAAAAACGAGAACAACAGAAAAAGAUUUUGCUGCAGUUUCAAUCAGGAGAAUAUAAAAACACAGAAGAAGGCAAAGAUUUUCUUCACACCAAAUACGAAGUGCAUAAGAUAUACCGUGUGGACAAAUCAAAAAGCGAGUCCAAGUCCAAAAGGAAAAAGAGACGACGUAAAUCGCAGUCGGGAUCCGGAUCCAGGAGUGGCAGUGAGAGUCGGUCGUCUUCGGGUUCCAGGUCUAGAUCUUCUGGCAGUGGAAGUCGUUCAGGUUCCUCGUCCAGAAGUCGCUCUAGGUCAGAAGAAAGAAAAGCGUCUGUGACGAAAAAAUCAACUGUGGCAAGCGUCAAUAAGGCUAAGCAAGACCAAAUGCAGUGGAAGAAAAAUACGUUUACAUCGAUUGGAGGUGAAGACGCGGAAAACGAAAAAGAGAAUGUAGGGCAAGAGACUUCUGAGAAGGAGAAGGAAAGCGCACCUGUGGCCGAAGAUGAUGAAACUAGACAGAAGCGACUAAAUGCGGAAGCGAAAAAGAAAGCAAGGCAGGAGUUCCGACGAAGACCUUGGCUUAAUCUUCCGGUUCCCGACAAACCAGAGGAAUCGAUCGUGCGGCGAGUGUUCGAAUUGUUUGGAGUGGUACGUCGACUAGAAAUCCCAGUGCUGAAACAACUGGACUCGAACAAAUCCGGUUUUAGGAAGGAGAAAAGGGACUCACAUGGAAUUGGAGUCUUCAACUUUGAGAACUUCGAGGCACAGUGCGAUGCUGCGGAUGUGACGACAUUCAAGACGUUCGAAGUGUACAUCCAGUAUGAGACUUAUUUGGGAUUCACCGUGUCGAUGAAUGCACUGAGAGGAAAGCGCCUCUACUACAAAGACAUAGAUGGCAGGACAUACAUUAACACAUUCAAAGUUGAUUUUGAUGGAACUGGGUACCUGUCGGAGCGAAAAAUACAGCAGCGAAAGCUAGAGCGGUUCAAGCAUCUUCAUAGAGAUGAGAUUUUCAACGAUAAGGAGCAGCGUGAUAAAAUCGCCAAGUACGAAAACCGACUGGGUGGGAAAGGAAGCCAAAUCAACUCAUAUGGACAAGAGUUUUCAUCGAGAACUAAAGUCGCACAUCGACCCAAGUCUUCAAGCCGAGUUAUGGAUGGGGUAAAGUCUCGAAGCAGGAAAAGUAAAAGCCGGAAGCGUCGCAGCGAAGACAGAGUCGAAUCGCAGCCUAAAAAAGAACGAAGAGAAAAAGUUGUAAUUGCGAUGCCUAAAACGCUUCCUAGAUCUGUUCUCUACGAGGUGUCUUUAAGUAGAACCCGAAUCCCGAAGUCUCUUUCGUCGGUGAUGGGACCCGCGCUUCCCGAAGAGCCGAAGCCACCUGCUGAGGAACGACAAGUGGUAAUGGCAAGACCCGGAGAACCGAAACCCCCAAAGCCAAAGAUUUCGAUUCUUUCGGAUUUGGACGAUAUUUCCAGUGAAGAGGAUGCUCCAGGGUUACAAACUAACACAGAGAUUGACCGGUUGUUGAAAGAGGCUCUGAAAGUGAGAAGCACUCGACGUCGACGUCUGGUGGUUCUGGAGUUGCUAAGACGGCUGCAGCUGGCCAAAGAAGCAAGGGUUCAAUUGGUGGCUAAGAGAAAAGCACAAGCAGUGAUUCUAGUGCAUGCAGUUUUUGAGAGAAUCAAGAAUGUGGAGACUGUGAUUCUGGACAGGAGAGUUGAGGCUGUGGAGGAGGUGAGGCUGAAGCAGAUAGAGGAGGAGCGCAUUUUUAAGGAGGAGUUGGCCCGCAAGGAAGCCCUGAGGGCACUCAGACACAAACAGAAGAUGCACUCCAAAGAAGUGAACAUGCGGGAGAAAAUCGUGAAACGUGCUAUGCGGAAGAAAGACAUGGAAGACUUGACUAAGAGAGAGCAGCUCCGGAAGCAGAUUGCCUCUCAGGCCGCCGCUUCCGGUGCGACGGGGGGUCCCGACAACCCGGUGCUGAAGUCCACUGCGAUGAGGGAGGCGAGACAUUCUGUGAGGAGACAUGGGUUCAAGCCAGACAAGUUGGGCCAGGAGGUAGACAAGGCUGUGGGUUACACUGCACCCGAGAACUACUCCCACUAUGUGGAAUACAUGAAAGAAAAACGACCCAACUUUGUUGGCUCCGCAGUUGUGUCUAAAUUUGUUCCCGAGGAGACACCGAAUAGAGUUGGACCUGUGAAAAGCCAGGUUAUUGUUCCGAGUCAAUGCCCAGUCCCAAAACCACUGGAAGAGAUUAUUCAGAGCAAGCAAUUCGAAACUGACUCGGAAAGCAGCUGUGACGAUGAGCAGCCGACGCUUUUAAACUCACAUGUAGUCACCAAAACCCUUCCACGUAGAAGAGCACCAAUUGAUUUGGACGACGAUUCCCUUUACAAAGUAGACGGAAAUAUUUCAGAAAAUAAAAUUGAAAACACAAGUUUGAAGUCAAAUGACCGAGCUAAUCGGAAGUUCACCGACGCCGACUUUAAAGUGCCAGAUGUUCCGCUGGCGUACAUGGAAAACCGCAGUAAUCCAGUGAAGAAGCCGCCUAAUAGAAAGUGGAAGAAACCAGAAAGUGCAGGCACUCAAAAACAAGGAAGUAAAUCGGGAUCUGAAACUGAAUCGGACAGUAGUUCGGAGGAGGAGAGUUCGAAUCCAGCCAGUUCUGAAGAAGAAGAGGAUUUUGAUGAAGUCACUCCGAGAAUAUUGGACGGUAAAAGUCCACCAAGUGCAAAUAAGCCUAAGUUGCCACAGAAUAAAUCAACACGCAGAAAUAAUACUGGCUCUGGUAGUUUGGAAAGUCAAUACUCGCUUGUGGAGCAGCGCGAAAAAAAUUCUGAAAUGCAGGUGCAAAAUGACGUUUUGACUCCAGGGGUGUCUUCAAGUAUCGACACUGGAACGGUUCGAGUAAAAUCAAAUGUUUCACCGUCCAAGCGCAGAAAUGCAGUCGCAGACAGUAUCAUGGGCUCGGCGAUUAAGAAAUCUAGGAAUAAAGCAACAACCGACUUGACCGCACCGCAAGAAGAUUCGGUCACUGACAGUUUAAGUGAAGGUGAAAUUUCGACGGAAGAUAAAGAGGGAAGACUCAACACGAGUAGCGAGGAAGACAACAACAGUUCUACUGAGUCAGGCGAAACGUCGUCGGGCUCAGAGUCGGAGGCGAACGAAGAGCUGGAAUCAAAACUCGAGUCUUCAAAAAACUCGGCUGAGGGCAGUCAAGACGAUUCUACGACAAAUAUUGUCAAUGAGGAAAUGGAAAAGAAUUCAAAUUGUGAUGAUGAUACAAACUCACAUCCGAUUAUCACAGAUACUACAACAGAAACUUUUCCAGUUGAUGGCAAUGGUUCUAAUUCUAUGGAAGAUAUCCCAGUUUUGCCACAAGAAGAGAAAGUAAAGUUCCCUCAAAAUCAUUCGGUAUCAGAAGAUGAGAACGAAACUGUCCAACCAAAAAUAGGCGAUGAUGUCGCGGAAUCUUCUAGAAUAGAAACUAGUACAGAUGUGAAAACUUUAGUCGUUGAACCGGCAGAGGGAGUGGCUGUUAAUUUGAGUGACAGCGAAGACGCAGAGGAUACAGAUGAAGAAUCUGAAGUCGACUCUUCGAGUGGCUCUGCCGAGUCUGAAGGUCGGUCAUCUGACUCUGAUGCUUCUGGGGAAGAGAAGUCAAAACCAGAUGAGAACUGACAAUAAUUGACGAAAAAAACUUAUGUCAAGGUCAAGAGGCUCAGAAUUUAAAAAUUUAAACAAUAGUUGUACCUUUUUUUGAAAAAUUUUAGCCCUCUUCCUAUUAUUCCUUCCAUUU